UUCUGAUCUUCUCUUUAUCCUCUCAUCUCCUCUCGCCGUCUCCUGCACGAAACCCAUAACCUCACGCAACCAAACACGCCCUUAGCUCCAACCCAUUCCCCUCGUCAUCGGAAAAUUCAACCGCCACGCCGUGAAAUAUGGAGGCUCCGGCGGUGGUUGGCGAUCUUGUUGGGAUCCAAUUGACGUUGUCGUGCCGCUACUUGUUUGGGAACUCUAAGCGUAUCUGGUAGUACAAAUACAAUUACAAACCCUAAGCAAAAGCGACUUUACUUAGCAUAGUUUUCAAGUUAUUCCAUGCUUCAUCUCAUAACCCCGAGGCAGAUUAUUAUCACCAUAUAAUAAUACGAGAGGGAAAAAAAUUUCCAAGAGGCUUGCUCUGAUUUCAGCUUCUACAGUUUUAGCAGAGAACAUUAAUUUUUAUUUUCAUUUCUCACUUUUCACUUUUUUCCUUUUUCUGUAGUUUUCUGACUUUCUUCGUCUUCAAAUUUUAAAAACGAUGGCGAGAAUCGAGAAAUGUGAUACCGCAGAACUUCAGAGGUUUAAUUGCUUUUUACACAGUUCUGUCUUCUGAGUUCUGACUCCAAUUAUUAAAAUUUAAGUUCAAGAAUCCGUAAUGGAAAAGACGAACAAGUGAGAGUGUGAGAUUCUGUUCUGAGUCAUCUUUGUGUUGUAAUCGCGAAACCUUUUCCGAUGAAAAUUCAGCCAAUCGACUCUCAGGUUCUGGCCGAGGGGACUCAGCUUGAGCUCGCCAAGCCGGUUGUGAAGUCGCGGCUGAAGCGGCUCCUCGAGCGCCAGUUCUCCGGUGUUCUUAGAAAUUCGGCGCCGGAAAAGAUCGCCGGAGACGAUGAAACGCUUAACGGCUCCAAUGAUUUUGAGCCGAGCUCGGCGUGUUUAGCGAAAAUGGUGCAGAGUUUCAUCGAGGAGAGCCACGAGAAGCACUCCGCUUCACACCACCGCAACCGAUGUAACUGCUUCAACAGGAACUACGACGACAGCUCUGACGAAGAUUCGAACUCGUUCGGCGGUUCCGGCGACUCCAAUUUCUCCUCCGGCGAGGCGUGCGAAACUCUCAAAGGUUUGGUAGCGUGUGCCAGUGUGCGCGAAAGGAAUUUGCUUGCGGAUACCGCGAAGAUCGUUGAGAAGAAUAAGAUCUGCAAGCGCAAAGACAAUUUCUGCAGAAAGAUCCUCACGGACGAAUUGUUAACCCUUGGAUACGAUGCCUCAAUUUGCAAAUCUCGCUGGGAAAAAUCUCCCUCAUAUCCCGCUGGGGAAUAUGAAUACAUAGAUGUGAUGAUGGGGAAAGAACGAAUUCUAAUUGACAUUGACUUCAGGUCAGAAUUCGAGAUUGCUCGAUCCACGAAGGCGUACAAGACGAUUCUUCAGAACCUUCCCUACAUAUUCGUUGGCACGUGCGAGCGGUUGCAGAGCAUCGUGGCGCUCGUGUCGGAGGCAGCGAAGCAGAGUCUGAAGAAGAAGGGAAUGCACGUGCCGCCGUGGAGGAGAGCCGAGUACGUGAAAGCGAAGUGGCUCUCUCCUUACACGCGCACUACUAAUUCUGCGAACGAUAUCAAAGAGGAGAAGAAGAAGGAAGAAGAACAACAACAGCUUUUGAAGGAGAAUUUAUUCGCUGCGGAGUCAGAGAGUUCCGGCGAAGAUAACACGGCGGUGGUCGAAUGGAAGCCACCGGAGCUGAAACCUAAGGGUUCGCUUUCCGGCGUGAAGGUUGUGACUGGUUUGGCGGUGGCUUUUCAUAAUGACAAUAACCCAUAAAAUUUUGAAUUUUUUUCGGCUUUUUCUAUUUUCUAAAGUGAGGAUUAAAAUCUAUAUAACUAUAUAACUGUAACAGUUCUGUGACUUCUAUCCCCUUCUGUUUUUUUUUCUUACACACGGGGUGGAUUUGACUAAUAUCAAUAAAAUAAAGCUGAAAUAUAGAAGUGAUAUACAUUACGGUGAAUUGUUCUAUGUUUUGUUGAAGUUUAUUUCUAUUUCUGAUGAGAUAGGAGACAAGUUGUUUGA